CGAGGAGGUUGAAAGGGCGAUCAUUGACAACCGUAUGGAGCAAGAGGAACUCACCUCGGAGAGCUCCCAUGGUGAGGAUGAUCAAGAGGGUUGCAUUGAUGAUUUUUACACCUUUCCCCUUCUUGAGAGCAACUUUGAAGACCAAGUCACGAGGGUGGAGGAGCAAGAGAAUCAUUUCUAUGAUCUUGCAUGGCAUCUUAUCCUCCAAACCGUACUUGAAGACAUUAAUGGGAAGAAGAAGGAAGAGGUUGAAUAGGAGGAAGUAAGCAUUGAAGAAAUGGAAGGUCUUGAUUGUUCCCAUGGGGAGGAACAAAUUGAAGAAGACGGAAGGGAGGUUGAGGUUGAAGUAGAAGUAGAAGGAGCAAGUGAUGUCCAAGAUGAGGACGAGGUCAAGGUUGAUGAAGCAUCCACAAGUUACAAGAGAUAUCAAUGCUUUCCACCUGACCUUGAUGCGCUACUCGAGAAGGACCCAUUUGCGACUCUUUGCCAAGCCAAGGCCAAACCAUUGGCGAUCUCUCUUGGUGGAUGUGAUGUAAGUCAAACGAUGAUGCACUACAUGGUGUGGGGCAAAGAGAAAAAUGAAUAAGGAAAGAAGGAGAGCUCUCGUGGGUGGACCCUCAUGACAACUCAAGUUCACGAGCCCUGAAUCAUGGAUUCGUCCAAAGCUCGUGACUUGAGACACCGCCUCACCGACGAGAAUCUCAACUUCAAAGAGGUUCUUGGGUGGACAUAAACUUGAAGAGAAACCAUCCGGCUCACGACGUUAAAGAAGUGCUUGUUAGGAGGCAACCCAACCACCAUCAGUUUGUUUUCUUUUUGCUUCAAUAAGAAGAACAUUGGAGAGAUUUUGGUGGUGUUUUUUCGUCUACACGCUCUUCCGGAUCUCAGCCGCCCUCCGCUCCCGAUCACCAACAUUCACCAAUAUCGGUAACAUCAUUCUAACUUCUUAUUUUACGCCAUCGAGGGUAAUGUCGAGGUUAAGUGUGGGGGGGGGGGUAGUCUAUUAUGCUUGUGUGUGUGAAUGUUUGGUGUGAUUUUGAAUGCUUGGAGCCUAGUUGUAUGCCCAAAUUUUUAAAAUUUGAGAGCUCCAAGCAUAGCAACUUCUACAUUUGCAUGAUCAUAGUGGCACUUGUGGUGAUUUAUUUUGAAUCUCAUGGUUAUUAUCAUUGUCUAUGGAUGACUUGCUUGUGAUUAUUUGCAACCUAUUAUGCUGAUUGAGACUUGUAUUAGGUUUGUGCAUAGGUUCAUUUCUGCUGUGUUUGUGAACCGAUAUAUGUUUUGAAUCGAUUACUUGCUUUUCACAGUUGCCUUUGCAUCAAGUUUAGGGAGUUAGAAUGGAUGAUUGAGCACCUAAGUAGCCAUGUGAGACCUGCGAUGUUCAUUUCGUUCUUGUGCGAUAGAUCCCCAUUUACAUAAUGUGUAGCAUUCACGUUGUUGCUAGCGAGGAAGAUGGAGGCAUAGGAUUAGUCCACGACCCAAAUGUUGACCAACCCGAUAAUAUCAUCCCUUAGUCCACCCCUUUGAGUCAUGUGUCUAAGGGUCGCUCUCAUUUAAGGUAGCUCACGCUACUUGAGCUUGAUUAAUUUAGAUAGAGCGACCCUACUUUCUUCGUGUCUAAACCGUUAUCGAGUCACACUUGUGUUUGGAAGCUCCAUUCAUACCAUUUGAGCUUAAAUGAGGUUCCACAUGAGUGAUUUGCGUAUGGUUUUGCUAAGAAUGAAAAAGUGAGUGUUGGAGGUAGUUUUUCAAAUCGAGCAUUUUUCCUUAAGUUAAAAAAUGUGGGAUGUGUAUAUAGCUCUCUAUAGCCCUCGAAUAAACCGAGGUGAAAGGUAUCAAAAUCCACAAAUAUUGUUUGAAUUUUAAUAAAACUUGAUUUACUUCAACUUAUGUCUAGUUUUUUUCAUGACAUUUGUUGAAAUAUGCUAAAAAGGUUACAAAUGAACGCAUCCAUAAUAUGAUAUUCUUUUAAAAUUGUAACAAGAAAAAAAAAUUACGUGAAUCAUAGCUAUAUUAAAUAUAUGUCUAAACUUUAAGUCGAAGAAUGCAUUAGAUUAGUGAGACUUUAAGAAAAAACAUGGCGAAAUAUCUUAAUUUUCUCAUAAGUAUGACUAUAUACGACAUAAAUAUUUUUUUGGAUACGAACUCAUACCAAUAAUUGGAACACGGGUUGGGUCGGGUUCUACGGGUUGUGUAAUCUAAAAUCCAAACCCAACCCAAAAGAGGCGGGUUGUACAAAAGAAAACCCUCACCCAACCCAAAACCUUCGAUUUAGCGAUAAAUACGGGUGGGUUGGGUCGGGUUGGACGGGUGGGUCGGUUUGCGGGUGUGUUUGUUCACCCCUAGUGUUGGUUGAUGAAUAAUGUGAGAACUCUUCAUUUACACAAUCUUAAUACAGUUGAAUGUCGUUUGUGGUGGUUGCUAUGAUUACUUUGUUUUUGUCCAUAGGUCGGUGUCUAAUAACCAUUGUGAUUCAUUUGUUUUGUGCCCUAUGACAUGCCUCGAAAAUUUUAUGGAAAAGAUAAGUUGCAAGCUUACCUUGUUUUGUACUUGGUUUGCUUGGGGACAAGCAAACGUUCAAGUGUGGGGGAGUGAUUCGAGUCCAAAUGUACACAUUUUACCCGUCAUUUCUUGUCUGUUAUGCUUAGUUGAUCACCGUCCCUCAACCUAUUUUAUGCUAGGUUGUGCUUGUUUUGGUACAUUUUAGGUCCUAGCACGUGUGGGAAGGUCCGAGACGAGUUUCGGGUCAUUCGAAGGUCAAAAUGAGCCAAAAAGUGGAGGUUGAGCCCUGUUCACGACCUAGAGCUUCAGUUCACGGUCUCUAAGACCGUGAACUGAAAGCCCAGAUCGUAAAGUGACCAAUUUCCAUAAUGAUUUUGGAAGUUACUAGCAUCAAGUCAGUUCAUGGUCUCUAAGACCGUGAACUGAAGCACACGACCGUGAACUAAAGCACACGCCCAUGAAGUGGGCCCUGUCGUGCAAAUCCAAAAACAGCAGCGGGGAGAGAGAAGGGGGAGCUGAUUUUUGAAGAGCGGUUCGAUUCUCUCUAGGGUUUCAAUCCAAAACACCAAAGAGGAGUUCUAGUGAGAGAGAGAGAGAGAGAGAGUGCUUGAGUGAUCUUGGAGCUUAAUUGGAGGCUUGGGUUGAUAUUGAAGACAAGGAUUCAAGCCUAGAAGAAGAAGAAGAAGAUCUUGGACUGCAAUUUGUAAUUUCUCUCUUCUCUCUCUAGAAACUCACCAUCUUCUCUUGGUUUAAGAACCCUAGGUCUAGAUUUGGGUUUAAUAUUGAUGUAUGUGACACAUUCCAUGUUUUAUUGAUGAUUUUACUUAAUUGAUGGAUGUUUUCAUGAAUGACAUGAGUUGGGUUUCCAUUUUCACGUAUUGAGCUUUUGACCUAGGAGGGAUAAAAUCCCCAUAGAGCCCUUCGGGUCACUCAUCAUCCUAUAUCGUCUGGGUAAUCCCUGAGGGAGUCAAUUCCAUCAAUCUCCUACGAUAUAGGAUUUCCCUAGGUGGAAUAGAGCCUACCACAUUCA